CAUUCCUUCAAAUAAUUUUCCGAAUGCAUUUGCUGAUUUUCGUUCUGUUUUAUUUCUUCAACAGUUACUCUGUAACUUCUUCAAAAGUACCAGUAUGUACCAAUGAAUUUACACUGAUCAACAAUAAAUGCUUGAAACUAUUUACAACCCCAGCGAAUCAUUCUGCUGCUGAGAAAACAUGUCGAAAAUAUGGAGCCACAUUGGUAACUGUGAAAAAUGAAAAUGAUAAUCAUGCAAUAUCUACAUUUGCUGGAACUUCAGCUUCAUUAUUAUGGAUCGGACUGUAUUGUUUUGGUAAUGAUCCUUCAAAAUGUUUAUGGGACGAUUCGACGGGCUCAGCAGAUGUAUACGAUAAUUUCGCAAGUGGUUUCCCACUUGUUGACAUUGGAAAAUGCGUCUACUAUUCCGUACAAGGUGCAUUGACAGGAAAAUGGUUGACUGAAAAUUGCGAUCUGAGUUCGAAAGCAUUCAUGUGCGAGUUACCAACUACAUUUUCUGACAGUUGCAUUUACAACUACAAUGGGUAUUGCUAUGAUUACUAUGCAGAAGCUUCGUUUGUAGUGGCUCAAAAUACUUGUGAGCAGUUUUGCGGGGAUCUUGCAACAAUUCACACUGCUAAUGAAAACAGAUACAUUCUUACGGUGGCUCAGCAUUAUCCAUCGAGCACAAUUGUUCGAAUUGGUGCAACAUGGCCGGCUUCAAAUGUUUAUCAAUGGGUCGAUGGCUUACCUUGGGAAUACAAAAAUAUUGAUUUAACAGGGCCACGCGGUGGGGACUGCAUGGUAAUGUCCACUAGGCCUCCAAGUCCUGUAGCAGCAGGAUACUGGUUUGGCGCUAGCUGUACAGACGAACGAAAUUUUAUUUGUAAACGCCCUGCGGGACUGCAAUGUGUUGGAACACCGCCAUCUGUAACUAUAUCUCCUAUUCAAGACAAUCCAUCUUUCUGCAAUUCCACAAAUCUAUUGGCUCCCGGUGUUGUCACAUCUCCCAACUUCCCACGUAACUACAAUAACAAUGCAUUCUGCACGUACCAAUUGUCUACACUAGGAUCAUAUAACAUAUUGCUGAGAUUUGCACCAUUUUCCCUUGGUACUUCUGAUUAUGUGAUAGUUUACGAUGGAGAAUCGGCAAGUAGUCCGGUUAUUGGAAAUUAUAGUGGAACCUUGGUGCCGUUUAGCUUAAUUUCAAGUUCGAACAAUUUGCUAGUGGUAUUUAAUGGAAAUACCGGUGGCCAGGGAUUCAGUGCUAGAUAUACAUCAUAUGCUCCUUUAAUCUAGUUAUUUACACUUGUUGGCAUAGAUUUCAAGUUUCUUUUUUGUUUUGUUCUUAUUAUGCAUCGCGUAAAUACAAACUUGCGAAUUUUUAUCAAAACAAAUCAUAUUAAUCAUGUAUUUUUUCUGUAUAAAAAUACUUGCAAAUAUUUGUUGCAUUAAAUUUCAAUGGAUAAACAGUUUAAAACACG